GACAUUGUUCGGGGCAAUAAACUUCCUGCUUACCAGUCUUUGUCUUCUCUCUUUGCGACGUUGCGGGUUCUAUCGUUCAAGUAGUCAAGUAGUUCGCGGCAUAUUAAGAAUCAAGGCUCUAGAUAUAACAACUGGCGACGGGUUAAUUUAUCAAGAUGUCUAUUACCUUUGACCAAUUUGAAGCUUUUCUAGAGCGCCAUGAAAAACGGCUUGAACAAUUCCAGAUGCGCAUACUCGAAAAACUAACCCAGCAGAUGAACCUCAAUAAGAAUGGACUUACAGAUGUUUCUGCCAAAUCGCAUGCUGAUUGUAUCAUUGAUUCCAUUCACGAAUUUCAUUUUGAUGGUGUUGCUGGUGUAACAUUCGAAUCUUGGUACAAGAAAUAUGAAGAUGUAUUUAAUGUCGACCUAGAAACUUUUGAUGAUGCCGCCAAGGUCAGGGUGCUACUACGAAAGCUGGGUACCAUUGAACAUGAACGAUAUACUAAUUACAUUCUGCCCAAGAACCCAAGAGACAUUUCAUUCGAAGAAACAGUUAAAAUGUUGUCGCAAAUUUUCGGUGAACAGUCUUCCUUGUUCAGUAUUAGAUAUCAGUGCUUGAAAAUAGUAAAAGCCGGCAAUGAUGACUGGGUGCAACAUGCUAGCAUAAUAAAUCGCGAAUGUGAGCGCUUUAAACUAUCAGCAAUGACAGAAGACCAAUUCAAAUGUCUUGUUUUCGUAUGCAGCUUACAAUCUUCAGAAGACGCCGACAUUAGAACCAGAAUUCUAAGCAAAAUUGAACAGUGUCCAAAUAUCACCCUUCAAGAGGUGACUACUGAAUGUCAGCAUCUGGUAAACUUGAAGCAUGACACUUCAAUGGUAGAAAAUAAUGGUCGACUACCUUAUGUGCAGGCAGUAAGUGGGAAGCAAAAGCAGAACACAACCAUUAAGAAGCCUCCAUCCGCAUGUUGGUUUUGCGGUGAGCUGCAUUACAAAAGGUUCUGCCCAUACAAAAACUACCGGUGCACUAGAUGUCAGCUCAAAGGACAUAAAGAAACAUGUUGUAAAAAGAAGAUGCACCGUCGAUCAUCAAGUGUUCAUUUCCGAAGACGUAAAAAUUGUUCAUCAAUCAACAGAAUAAUGGUAGCACAUACUAGAACAGAACAUAAUCGAAGAAAAUAUGUGACCUUAGAGAUAAAUGGGCGCCGUGCUCGUCUACAGCUUGACACUGCUUCAGAUAUUUCACUGAUCAGCCGCAAAACAUGGAGUCAUAUUGGAAAACCCUCGGUGCUCCCUACAACCCAGUUAGCACACAGUGCAUCUGGAGGAAAGUUAAAUAUUGUUGGAGAGAUAUACUGUCCAGUUAAAAAAGGGAAUGUACAGAAGAAAGUGAAAGUAUAUCUCACGGAAAGCCCAGGACUAGACUUAUUGGGACUUGAUCUAAUAGAAACUCUUAAGCUAGCAGAUCAUUCUAUUAAUAGCAUCUGCAGACGAGUGACUAUUGACAAGUCCUCAAGGUGUAACCAGAAAAGUACCGUGCCGCAAAGACAUCACAACCUUUUUAAAGAAGAAUUGGGAGAAUGUACGAAGGCCAAAGCUUUGUUAAUCCUCAAACCUGGUGCUACUCCCGUUUUUCGACCCAAAAGACCUGUGCCCUACGCAGCUCUAACGAUUGUUGAACAAGAAUUAGAACGACUGCAAAAAAGUGGAAUUAUAGAACCAGUGAACUUUUCUGAUUGGGCAGCUCCAAUAGUAAUUGUUAAAAAGCCUAAUGGAAGUAUUCGAUUAUGUGCAGACUAUUCCACUGGAUUAAAUGACGCACUUGAAGAUCAUCAGUACCCCUUACCAUUACCAGAAGACUUAUUUGCGAAACUUAACGGGGGUAAGUAUUUUGCAAAACUAGACCUAUCAGAAGCAUAUUUACAGAUUCCAGUAGCGGAAGAAUGCAAACAUUACUUGACAAUAAACACUCAUAAAGGGUUGUUUCGAUAUAAUAGACUUCCGUUUGGAGUAAAGACUGACCCUUCAAUCUUUCAACAAGUUAUGGAUACUAUGCUACAAGAUAUUCCUGGUACUGCGGCCUAUCUUGACGACAUACUGAUCAUGGGUACAGACUAUGCUGACCUGGAGAAGAAGGUAGAUAUGGUUCUCAGACGCAUAGCAGAUUUUGGGUUUACAUUACGUGCUGAAAAAUGUGAUUUCUACAUGGAACAAGUCCGCUAUUUGGGAUUCAUAAUUGAUAAAAACGGAAGAAAACCUGAUCCUGAAAACGUCGAGGCUAUCAAGUCCAUGCCUCCACCAACUGAUGUGUCAACUUUACGCUCUUUCUUGGGAAUGGUUAGUCAUUAUGGAGUUUUUCUUCCAGAACUGCAUCGCCUUCGUGCUCCUCUUAAUGGGUUGCUGAAAAAAGAUACCAAAUGGUUUUGGUCAUCUGAGUGCCAAGAAGCUUUCGUAAAACUAAAACAGCUCCUGUCAUCAAACCUUCUACUCACACACUAUGAUCCAGAGCUUCCCAUCGUAGUCGCAGCAGAUGCGUCCAACUACGGAAUCGGCGCAGUGAUCGCACAUACCUACCCAGACGGGUCUGAGAAGGCAAUCGCCCACGCUGCACGGUCGCUGACUAUGACAGAAAGAAACUAUAGUCAGAUAGAAAAAGAGGCCCUCUCUAUUAUAUUCGCAGUAAAGAAGUUCCACAAGAUGCUAUUUGGCAGACAAUUUACCCUACUAACAGACCAUAAACCGCUGCUGACAAUUUUUGGAUCGAAAAAAGGUAUACCUGUAUAUAUAGCAAACCGUCUACAGAGAUGGGCAACGACACUACUGGGCUAUGAUUUCAAGAUAAAGUACCAACCAACAACGGAUUUUGGACAGGCAGAUGCCCUUUCAAGACUAAUUAGUUCCCGUACAAAACAAGAAGAGGAGGUGCUCGUGGCUGCCGUACAUGUUGAGGCCGAGGUUCACACAGUAUUAACAGGCGCAGUUUCCGGACUUCCAGUCACAUUCGAAGCUAUUAAAGGAGCUAGUGAGAAAGAUAACGUGUUGAAGUUUGUUCGCCGCUGCAUACUCAACAAGUGGCCUUCGUCGAGACUAAAUGGAGAACCCUUGCAAUUUUUCCGUCGACGAGACUCAUUGACAAUUGUAGAUUCCUGCAUCAUGUUUGGCCACCGUAUCGUCAUCCCCAGAAAUCUUCGAAACCAAGUCCUUAAGCAGUUCCACAGCGGACACCCGGGGAUAAGUAAAAUGAAGUCGUUAGCUCGAAGCUACGCAUACUGGCCAUCAAUGGACCAUGAUAUAGAGCAAAAAUGUCGCAGUUGUUCGUCCUGUUUAGAGGCCGCAAAGAACCCAAAUAAAGCUGAACCGCAACCAUGGCCAAAACCAGACGGUCCCUGGCAAAGAAUACACGCUGAUUUUGCCGGCCCAAUACAAGGCAGAAAUUACUUGGUUGUUGUCGACGCCUUCACGAAAUGGCCAGAAGUAUACGACAUGCCGAAAAUGACGUCAGAGAGUACUAUAAGAAAAUUGACAGGUUUGUUCGCUUGUUUUGGGGUUCCUGAGAUCUUAGUGACUGACAACGGCACCCAGUUCAUGUCAUCUGUCUUUAAACGGUUUUGCACUGAAAAUGGCAUAUCACAUCUACAGUCUCCCCCGUACCAUCCUCAGUCGAAUGGCCAAGCAGAAAGAUUCGUGGAUACUAUAAAACGAGCUCUAGUUAAAGGGGGAGGAGAGGCCAUCCCAGAACAAGUAAUCAGCAAGUUCCUUUUGUCUUACAGAGUUACCCCCAAUCCGGCAGUACCCGAAGGUAAGUCACCAGCCGAGUGUAUGUUCCGAAGGAAAAUUCGAACAAUCUUUAGCAGUAUGUUGCCACCUAGAAAGACAAGAAAACCCACGAAUGGAAACCAUAUGGUCACUCGUAGCUUCAAGGUGGGUGAAAGGGUACUCGUUAAAUCGUAUCAAGGAGGAAAAAGGUGGGAACCAGGUAUUAUAGAGCGUCGAAUUGGAAGCGUAUUGUAUUUAAUCCGAAGAAAUGUCGGUACUUGUAUAAGACACAUCAAUCAAAUUCGAAGGGAUGGCAGAACAUGGAUGCCACAAAGCCGGCUCCCAUUUCAUUUGCUCAUGGAUUCGUCUCCAAAAAGCACUCAGGCGCGCGAAGGUAGAAAAGAUAAAAGACGCAAGAGCAACGCGACACAACCUUCGAGAGUAAUGAGUCGCAAGAGAAUCGCGGUAACUCAAUUCCAGGUGGAUCCGAGAAAAAGGACUUAUACAACAGACUUUAAAGGAGGGAGGUGUGAGGAUGGUCCACAGGUGAAGUCGAGGAGGCUCUAGGAAGCCCAGGAAGAGCCGCAGACAUUCCAUCCAAUCAGGGCUAGGGGAAUGUUCUAGAAAUGCCAACGUGGAGCUUCCCCAUUGGAUGGAUUAGUUUGAUACCUAUGUGCUUAUUGGUUGACCUAAAUGAUAAUUUACUUUCAGCCAAAAACUAUAAAUACACGAGAUUUCUGUGCUAUAUUUUGACAUUGUUCGGGGCAAUAAACUUCCUGCUUACCAGUCUUUGUCUUCUCUCUUUGCGACGUUGCGGGUUCUAUCGUUCAAGUAGUCAAGUAGUUCGCGGCAUAUUAAGAAUCAAGGCUCUAGAUAUAACAACAUUUGUAUUGAAAAUUCUGAUCUUGGUGCUGGUUGACAAUUGUUUUGAGUUCCAGAGGUUCUUCAGUUGUAAAUAUGCUGCUCUUGCUUUUCCGAUCCGCACAUUCACAUCUGCGUCACAUCCAUCGUGUUCAUCCAACUUAAGGACCUGAAUUAACAAUGAAAACCAAGCUCCAAUUUAGGCACUAAAGUUUAUUCGCAAUUUACAAAUCGUCUACCCAAAUUUUGUUCUCACAAUAAUUAUGACAAUUACGAAACAAACCUUCAAAUUUUUAAGUUCUCCGAGCAAAAACUCUCAUAUACCAAAUCAAAUACAAAGGAAAACCAAAAUGUCCGAGAAUAUUGACGCAAACAAACGAGUUCAGAAGUUGAGUAAAACGAAUACAUUUAAAAACAUAGAAUAGUAAUUGAAGAUACGACCAGUAUUCUGAUUUUACAACCUGCUACCAGUGGCACCUUAUAUAUACGAAGCUUUCCCCAACCAAAUGAAAUCAGAAGUCAGAUGCCAAGAGAUCGGAAAGAUACAUUUUAUACGUUAACAAUAUAUCUAGAAGCGUUUGAUCUAAUCUGGAUAGUGAAUGGAGGAUCAGUGUCCAACUCUGGUUCGAAACGUGGUCUGAUACGGAUGCAUGACCGAAAGCAUUCAGUUAAGCAAGUCCACUUAAACAAAUGUGGUCAGCAUCCAAUGUCGAAGACUUAAUGAGCUAAUGAUUUAGGGGAACACUCA